AUGCGUAGCAGCAGCAGCAACAGCGUAGGCCCCGAGGCCCAGGCCGAGGCUGCAGGCAUCUCGGGUAUUUUGGGGGGCCUUUCUUUCCCUGCGUUUUGCUGCUGCUGCUGCGGCCCGGACUGCUGCUGCAAGUGCCAAGGAGGAGCAGCACACGCAGCAGCAGCAGCAACAGCAGCAGCAGAAGCAGCAGCAGCAGAAGCAGCAGCAGCAGCAGCAGCAGAAGCAGCAGCAGCAGAAGCAGCAGCAGCAGAAGCAGCAGCAGCAGAAGCAGAAGCAGCAGCAGCAGCAGCAGAGUCACCUGUUGUGUCUCGGAGCUGCACGUCUCCCUUGAUGGACAUGGCCGAUUCUCCCGUCGCCUCCGCAGCUUCUACCCCAGCAGCAGCAGCUGCAGCAGCGGCAGCAGCAGCAGCUGCUGCUGCUGCUGCUGCUGCUCGCUGCAGCAACCUUUGCCCCAUUUGCUGCCGCUGUAAAGCCAACAAAAGCUCCCAAAGAAUUCCACUGCCCAGAGAAAGCCCCUUGGCCGUAUUGGUUUGCGCAGGGGCCAUUUUCUUACCCAAGCUUGUGCAGCUGGUUCAGCUGCUGCAGCCUGGGGCCCUGGGGGCCCCCACCGCUGAUGAGCGGGCCCCCGCAGCAGCAGCUGUGGGGCCCCCAGUGCUGUAUUGGGGGCCCCCCGAAGAUUUUCUGCAGCUGCCACCUUCUGCUGCUGGUGCUGCAGCAGAGCAGCGGCUGCGGUCUGCUUCUUCGGGGCAGCAGCAGCUGGGAGUCUGGACAGCUCGGGUGCGGCGGCGCAUGUCGGAGCAGCACCAGCAGCAGCACCAGCAGCAGCAGCAGCAGCAGCAGCUGCUGGCGCUGCAGCAGCUGCAGCCGCAGCAAGGCAGCGAAAGAGAAACCUACCAAGUUUUGCUGUCGAGUCUGCGGGGCUCCCCAGCGCUCGGGCUGGAGCCCACAGUGCCGAGCAGCAGCAGCAGCAGCAGCAGCAGCAGUUUGCGGCGGCGGCGCUCGCUGCUGCAGCAGCAGCCUGCUGCGUGCUGGGGCUGCGGGGGCAGCAGCAGCUGCUGCUGCUUGCUGCAGGGCGGGCGGCUCCCCCUCGAACUGGAGCUAAACCCUUCUUUGUCUUUUCACUCUUCAAUUACUUGUGCUGUCAGCAAAGAAGAAACCUCCAAGACAAACCCUCCCAGGCUCCUCUCCUGCGGCCACGUCGUCUGCGAGUGA